AUGGAGAUCUCAGAUAUCAAUGACUGCGCGCCCAACCCCUGCGACCACGGUAGCUGUACUGACGGAGUCAACAGCUACAGCUGUGCCUGUGAAGAUGGAUGGAGAGGGGCAAACUGCAACAUAGAUAUCAAUGACUGUGUCCCCAUCCCCUGUGACCACGGUACCUGUACUGACGGAGUGAACAGCUACUCUUGUACCUGUGAAGCUGGGUGGACAGGAGCGAACUGCAACAAAGAUAUUGACGAAUGUGCGUCCAACCCAUGUAACAAUGGCGGUAUCUGUAACGAUGGUGUGAACAGUUACACCUGCACGUGUCAGCCUGGAUAUACAGGAAUACGCUGCCGGACAGAUAUCGAUGAGUGCGUGCCCGACCCCUGCGACCACGGCUCCUGUACUGAUGCUGUAAACAGCUACUCUUGCAGCUGUGAGGCUGGAUGGGAAGGAAAAGACUGCCACACAGAUACUGACGAAUGUGUGUCCAACCCCUGCAAUCACGGUACCUGUGCUGACAGUGUAAAUAGUUACUCCUGCACGUGUGAGCCUGGGUACACAGGAACAUACUGCCAGACAGAUAUUGAUGAGUGUGCGCCCAAGCCCUGUAACCAUGGUACCUGCACUCAAGGAGUUAACAGCUACACUUGUGCCUGUGAAGCUGGAUGGACAGGGGGAAACUGUAACACAGAUAUAGACGAAUGUGUGUCCAGCCCCUGUAAUCACGGCACCUGUGCUGACAGUGUGAACAGUUACUCCUGCACGUGUGAGCCUGGGUACACGGGAACAUACUGCAAGACAGAUAUCGAUGAGUGCUCGCCCAACCCCUGCGACCACGGCACUUGUACUGACCUGGUGAACAACUACACUUGCGCCUGUGAGGCUGGGUGGACAGGAUACGACUGUCAGAUAGAUUUUGAUGACUGUGGGCUUGACCCCUGUGCCCACGGCACAUGCGCAGACGGUGUGAAUAGUUACACCUGCACCUGUCAACCCGGAUGGACAGGUCACAACUGUCACAUAGAUAUUGACGACUGUGCGUCCAGCCCUUGUCAACACGGUGGAUACUGUGCUGAUAGUCUGAACCUUUACUCCUGCACGUGUGAACCUGGAUGGACGGGACAAAACUGUCACAUAGAUGUUGAUGAGUGCAAGUCGAACCCCUGUUAUCACGGCAACUGUGUGGAUAGUGAGAACAGCUUCUACUGCAUAUGUCAAGCUGGCUACACCGGAAAAUUCUGCAAUUUGGACAUUGAUGAAUGUUCGCCCGACCCCUGUAUACACGGCACAUGUACGGAUGGAGUGAACAGCUACUACUGCGCAUGUCAGGAUGGAUGGGCGGGGAAAAACUGCAGUAUAGAUAUCAAUGAGUGUGCCUCCAGCCCCUGUGUACAAGGCAACUGUACUGACAUCGUAAAUGGCUACACGUGCACCUGUGAGGCAGGGUGGGAUGGGACAAACUGCAAUACAGAUACAGAUGGCUGUGUUUUCAACUCCUCCGUCCAUGGCAACUAUUCUGAUGGUGACAACCUCACUUACUCAUGCAAGGAGGACUGGAACAGGACCAACUGCAAUCUAGAAAUUGACGAGUGCAGCUCCAAUCCCUGUCAGCAUGGUUCGUGUACAGACUUCGUGGCCGGUUAUAACUGUAGCUGUGACGCUGGACAUUGA